AUGGAGCUGGAGAACAUCGUCGCUAACACCGUCCUCCUCAAGGCCCGCGAAGGUGGUGGUGGAAACCGGAAAGGCAAGAGUAAGAAAUGGCGCCAGAUGCUGCAGUUCCCCCACAUCAGCCUCUGCGAGGAUCUUCGACAAACCCUCGAGCGGGACUACCACAGCCUGUGCGAGAAGCAGCCCGUUGGGCACAUGCUCUUUCGGCAGUUCUGUGAGACACGACCUGAGCUGUCACGCUGCGUCAAGUUCCUGGAUGCUGUGGCAGGGUACGAAGUGGCUCCAGAUGAGAAGCGGAAGGAAUGCGGGCAGCACCUGAUUGAAAAGUACUUGAAGCCAAACAGUGAGGACCAUGUGCCUGAAGUCCCCUCACAGCUGGUGGAUGCCUGUUGUGAGAGGCUGGAGCAGGAACCUUCCAAGGAGCUCUUCAAGGAAUCCACUAAGUAA